GGUGACCAAGGGCCAAGGGUCAGAAGCAGUAGGGGCAUCUGUAGCUCCUAAGGGAGGUUCCUCAUAUCUCUACAGCUUCCUCCAACUCAUUUUAUGUAGGAUCACUGGCCCCUUUUGCUUCCACCUUCUGUCCUUAGCUGUCCCGAUUACUCUGUGGCCUCCCUCCAGACACCAUCGAUUUAUGUGAUGAAUCGGGGACAAUGAAGUUGCUUUUCCUGAUGAAGACUCCUGGAGAAUAUGCCAGCAAAUUCCUUACAGCUCGGGACACCUACUAUGUUUGUAAGGUGGAGCGUGGGGCACCAGGUACCAGACUUGAGAAUGCCUACAGAGCUUUUGUGCCCCUCCUGAAGAAUCCAGAACCUGAACUGCUUGAUGCGCUGCGCACACAAUGUGAGUUCAUGGAGAGGAGCCGAGUGAAAAUGCUUAGAACUCUGGAAGCCAAGAAGAUCACUCCAAUUGAAUCCACCCUCAAUCUUCCAGUAAGACUCUCCACAUGUGGCCCACUCCAGCACUCCCCUCUCCCCACUAGACCACUGAAGUUUCCUUCACCUCGGCCCCCUGGGAUGAAUUUCCUUUGCAAAUUCUAUACCUUUGACCAAGACAUGUCCCUAACUUCUAUUGUCUCCCCUUUGGUCCCAGUUUGUUGAAACCUUCCCUGCAGGGCCUCUUUGUUUAUCUACUGACUUUCCCUUUCCAGUCCAAAUCAGGAAGAUCAGAUGAAGAUGGGCCCCCUCCCACUCGCAGGGGCCCUCCCUUUAAGACCAGAACAGACUAUCUCGGUAGGAGGGAUAAACAUCGCUAACUCAAUAAAGUGACCAA